AGCAAUUAUGUCUAAUGGAUAUGAAAAACAGAGGUCUGCUCUCACAGUCUCUACAUCUUCAAUUGAUCAAUAUUCUGAUGAAUUAAAAAAAAUAGAAAAUAAAUUAGAAUUAUAACCUAUGAAAGGAUGGAUGAAAAAGAAAAGUCCUGCUCUCUUAAAAGGUUGGUAAAAGCGUUACUUUAUGUUGGUUGAGAACUAAUAGGAAGGACUUUGGAAAUUAGUUUAUUUUGAUAAUGAUGUAAGAAAAUAAAAAGAAUGUAGAAAACUGACACUAAGCCUAAUGGUGCUUUUGAUUUAUAAAGCAUUACAUCUAUAAAUUAGAUAUCUAAAAAGGAAUUCACUAUUUAAUUUCCAGGUCGAAGUCUAGAAUUAAAAGUUAAAACUCCAGAAUUGUGUCAAUAAUGGGUUUCAACUCUAAAUACUCUUCGUUCUACUACAUCCCCUCAAAGAACAAAGAGAUAAGUCAGCAUGGAUUCAGUGGUUAAGAUGGCAGAUGAAACUCCUACUAAAAGUAAGAUAUUUCUUAUUUUGUAGUCUCAAACCAUAAGAUUGUUGAUACAUAUACAGCAUAAUAAGCUUAAGUAUAUAAAGAGAGGCAACGUAACUCUCUUCUCAUUGACUUAUCUAAAGAAGAUAAGAAAAUCAUAGAAAAGUAGAAUGUCUCAUAAUUGUCAAAUGAUAAAAUGAUUGAAUUAGUAGGGUUAAAAGAAUUCAUCAAAAAUAUGAAUGAAUAAUUUAUUUAUUAGAGAAUGAUUUAUGGUUACUUGGGUAAGAGAAGUAAAGGAAAGGUCAAGUAUUUUUAAAAACGUUGGUUUAUACUUGUAUCAGCUAAACCUUUGGUAACAAUAUUAUAAAUCCAUAGUAUCCUGAUUAUAAUGAUGAAAAGAUAUUACAUGAAUCAUAAUUACCACCAUGGUUAGAAUUAGAUACUAUAACCUAUUUCAAAUAAAAAGAAGAAGGCAAACCUCCAAAAGCUAAGGGAGAUGUUAAAAUGUUAGAUUGUUAAGAAAUAAUUAUAAAAAAUAUGUCUAAAUCAAAAGAAAGUGGUUACACUUUUAAAUUGAAUAUGGGAGAUAGAUUAUAUCAUUUAAUGGCUGAUUCUGAAUUGGAACGUUAAAAGUGGUAAUCUGCUUUAAGUGCAUCAAUUAGAAUAACAAAAGAAAUUAAUAAUCCAUUAAAAAUAAAAAUAAAAAAGAAUAUUGAUCCUUUAAUUAAAUUGUAUGAUGAAGAGACAUAAUUAGUGGCUAGAAGAGAAAAGAUUAGAUAAAAAUUAGAAUAAGAUAUAGCAGCAAUAUUCAGAGAUGAAGAUAUUAAUUUAAAUACAUUGAUUUAAUAAUUGACAGAUUUGAGAUAAGAUAUGCUUGAGUCUAUGUAAGCAAGUAUUGUUAAAGAUCCUUAAAGAAAAGAUAUAAUAAAAGAAUACACAGAUAUUUAUCAUGAGAAAAUAUGUGAUAGAAUAACCAAUUUCUGGGAUAAAUAAUAUAUGAAAUUAUAAGUAAUUAAAUUCAUUAAUAUCAUAUAUAGUCUCCAGAAUUAUUACUAAUAGGAUAAUGGUUAUAUGAUUAUUUAUAAUAGAUGAAAGAUUUCUUUAAUGACGAACGUAUAUUAUUAGGAAUUAGAGUACUUUUAAAUAUAUAUGUUAAUCGAUCACUUGAAAGUUUAGAAUCAGUAAUCAAUUAAAUAAUUGAACAGGAAAGAAUUUAAGAACCAUUUUUAAAUGAUUAAGGAUAAUUAGUUACUUAAACUCCUGUAGAUUUAUUCAAAAUUGUAAAUGAAGGUUUUGAUAUGGCAUUUAAAUUAUGUUCAUGUAAAGAAACUGUAUUAAGAUUCGGGGGUUUUGGUAAAGUAAUCCUGUAAUAGUAUUAAGGAGGUAUAUAAGAAAUUAUUGAUGAAUAUUAACUUAAUAUAUCUAAGCUAGUUGCAAUAUGUAACAAUACUUUAGCUUUACAUGAUAAUACUAAAUAAUAUUCAAAAAGACUAUAAUCUUUUGGCAAUUUGAGUGAUGAAGAAAUUGAAAAGAUAUUUGACGGAUAAAAAAUUACUAAGAAUUUUGUUUAAAUUGCCACUAAUUGUAGAGAAAGAAUUUUUAUUUCAUAUUUUAGUCGGGUUGGAACUCAUUUUAAAAAGUCUUAUCUGGAAAUCAAAAUUAUAGAUACUUUAAAAUGUAUAAUUGAACCUGCAACUGAAGCAUUAUCAUAAUUGCAUGAUAGUUUCAGUCGUAAACUUUGGAAAUAACUUAUUGAUUCAAUAAUACUCUAUUAUUUUAAUUAAUUUAUUAUUUCUUGUAGUAAGGCAAAGAAAGAAUAAUAGAAUGAAUUUAUUAGAAAAUUAGAAAAUGAUAAAGAUAUACUAUUUUAAGAAUUAGAAACAUUUAUUUUUGAGAAAUAAUUAUAAGCAGCACUUAAACCUUUUGAUGAUAUGAUAUCAUUUUUAAAUGAAGAAUCUCUUAGUAUUUUAGAUCCUUGUAAGAAUCUUAGAUAGUAUUUUGGUAGAGCAUUUUCAGAAAAAACAAUUAAAUCUAUUAUGACUUUAAGAUUUGAUCUAGAUAAGGAUUAAAAAAAGGAAACUAUUGAAAUUUGUAAAAAUUUAAUUGAUGAUAUCAAUAAAACACAACCUAUUGAAGAUGAUAGUGUUAGAAUUAUUGAUUUUCUAGGUUAAGAAGAAGAGGAAUAAAGUUCUAUUUAAGAAAAACAAUAAUAAGAAUAAGUGAAUAGAAGAGCAGAUAUUCGAUUAGAUUUUAAUGAUAAUGAGAUUGAAUAAGUAAAUAGUGUAUUAAUAUUAAGAUUCCUUAAUAAUAGCAAUAAAGAAAAUCAAGUGAAAAGGAUGAAUACAUUGAUGAAGGUUAUCUCUAUAAGAAGAAACCAAAAUCAAAGGCUUGGGAUUAUAGAUUUGUAAGAAUUAGAAAAGGAUUUAUGUACUGGUAUAUCAAUUCUAAUUCAAGAGAAGCUUAGAAUAAAAUUAAUCUAUUAAAUGUAGAUGAAGUCAUUCCUAAUCCUAAAAAAUCUACCAAUUUUAAGAUCUAAUUAGAAGAUUCAAAAAUUUAUAAGUUUAAAACAUAAACAAAGGAAGAAUGUGAAUUAUGGAUCAAAACUAUAUUAAAAGAACAAAAUCAAACAGAUAUUGCAACUAUCACUCUAGAAGCUAUUGUAAUAUAUUUAAUAAUCUUAUAUCUAGUAAAUUGGUAACGGUAAAUUGCCUAUUAUUAAAGAUUAUGAUGAAAUUGCUAGGAAAGAAAGAUAAAGAUAGAAGUAAGAAGAAAGAAAAAGAAAAAGAAUAGAGAAAGAAAAUGAGUAGAAAUAUGUUUUUAUGUAGAUUGAAAAAAAGAUAAAUGGAAUUGAAAUUGCUUCAAUAACAGUAAUUUAAAGAAUUAGGAGGAGAUAAGCCAUAAUCACAUUAAGUUGAAGUUUUUGAAUAACAAAACAGAUCUGUAUGAAUUUAUAUUUAUUUAUUAUAGAGUGAUACAACCAAAAAAACUACUUCUUGUUGGACUUCAUUUUUAAUAGCUUUAGGAGUUGAAAGACCUAAAUGA